UAUUGCUACUGCACGUAGACGACAUUUAGUGUUCAUACUAUUCGAACCUGCGUUAUUUGAAUGAUACAAACUUACCUGACAAAUAUUAAACCCAGUAAUUAAAUACUAAUUAUUAAUUAAUAAAAUUAAAUAAAUACUUAUAAAAAAAAUCAUGGGUGUAAUUUUUCUUGAACAUAUUGGAGGUACUCGUUUAUUUUCUUGUGCUUCGUGUGACACUAAUUUAACAAACAGAAAUCAGCUGAUCAGUACACGAUUUACAGGAGCGACUGGACGAGCUUUUCUUUUUAAUAAAGUCGUUAACUUGAAUUACAGUGAAGUUCAAGAUCGUGUAAUGCUGACAGGAAGACACAUGGUCAGAGAUGUGAGCUGUAAAAAUUGUGAUGCUAAACUUGGCUGGGUUUAUGAGUUUGCAACUGAUGACAAUCAACGUUACAAAGAAGGACGUGUUAUUUUAGAAAGAGCUCUUGUUACUGAAACUGAUGGAAUGGGAGAGAAUAUUUAAUACCUGUAAAUUUAUUUUUUAUUAUUUUUUUUUAUAGUUAAAUAGUAAGAAAGAAAAAGAAAUUAUAUGAUUAUUAUUUAUACUCAAUUAUUAAUAUAUUAUUUAAAUUUAAAUUAUCCGAUGGUGUUCCGUGUUGAUUAAAUCAAUAUAAAAUAAAAUAUAAAUAAAUUGUGAUCCUGAAGUUAGCAGACAAUUAACAAAAACUAAAAACUUGCACAUGUAGAAAAUUAAAAAAACUAUAGGUGUAAUUUUUUUGAAUAUUUUUUUUUUAGAUUGUUUUAAAAAAAAAUGUUAGACGUCAACUUCAGUAUCAGAAUAAAUUAAUGAGUGUCAAAGUAGCAGACAUACGACAAUUUUUUAAGUACAUGUAAAAAAAUUAAAUCAUUAAAAUAGGAAAAUUAAAAAAAAAUGUAUGUACUAAAUUUUGAAUUGUCUAAACAUGUAUUUUUUAAAUUUUUAUUUUAUAAAAAUUAAAAAUUGUUAGAUUUCCGCUAACUUUACUAUCAUAUUAAAUUAAUAUGAAGAUUAUUGAUUUUUAAUUAAAUUUCAUAAAUAAAUACGCAUAAAUUAACGUAAAAUAAAUAUAAUUAAUGAAAGAAAAAAAAAUGUUUUUGAAUGAUCAGUGAAAUGAUAUUAAAACUUUAGAUUUAUGUCCAGAGUCCUUGGGGUUACUUGAGUCGUAAAUUAGUUACAGACCUCAAGAUUAAUUUUUUUUCUUUACCUGUCUGGUGAAUUUCAAAAUAAAUAAAAUGUAGGUGAGGGACGCACAUAAAAUUUUUUCAAGGUUACUAAUUAUUUUUUAUUUAUUUAUAUAAAAAUAAUAAUUAUUAUAUUUGAAAUACAACGAAAAUAAACUUUUUGAAUUAACU